AAUUUUAGUUAUGACAAACAAAAAAUGCACUAGUAUCCAUUCUGCGGCCAUUGAACAAGUACAUGAAAUGCCUAUCAACGAAAUCAUACGACCCUUUCCUCCACAGGUGAAUGAAGAAAAGGUUAAAAGUUUAAUGGAAACUUUAUCGGUAAGUGCAUUAGUGCAUUAUUAUAACUGACUAUAGUCUUAUUAAAUAUAAUAUGGAAAACAUAAAUAUGAUUAUUAGAUAAAAGAUAUAAACCUAACUAAAUAAAAUGUACACAUUAAAUUUGAAUGAAAUAAUGUAAAAAUGAUUGAUGAAAUUGAAAAAAAAAUGUGUAUACAAAUUGUUUUUAUUUUAGUCACGCUAAAAGAGUUGUACUUUUAAUGUUAAAAUAAAUUAAUAGAAAUAUGUUUUGAAUUUAGGACCCCAGUCGUAAAGAUUCAGUACCACCAAUUGAUGUAUUAUGGAUUAUAGGAAAAGAGGGAGGUAAUUACUAUUAUUCAUUUGGUGGAUGUCAUCGGUAUGCUGCUCACAAGAGAUUGAAAAUGGAUACAGUCAAAGUAAAAUUGGUAUCAUCAACUAAUCAGGAUUUACAUAGUUACUUAGGUGCAUCAACACCUGACCUUAAAUAAUAUUAUUUUUAUAUUAUUUCUUUUUAUUUCAUUGGUGGAUUUUAAGGGUUAUUAGGAUUUACACAAAAAAAUUUCAAAAUGAUUUGAAUGUUAUUUUAAUUAUUAUAAAUUAAUAAUAAUAAAAAAAAAAAAACAUUCCAUAAGUAAUAUUAUUGUUGUUUUUUGGAAAAAAAAGUUGCUUUGAUAACUUACUAUUAUUGAUAUUUUCAAGGGUUGUACCAAAGUGGAUCUUGCUGCAAAUAUAUAUAUUGUGUAAAUGGUGAAAAAUAAAGGUAUACAUCUAGUUUAUGACCUAAGUUCGUUUAUAAAUUUUUUUUUUCCAAAAUGUGUGUUUUUGCAACUAUAAAAGUAAGUAUUAUAAGUAAGUUUUGAUUAUACCAAUGGAUUAAACAUUAAAAACAUAUUGGGGGGGGGGAAUUGAAAAUGUUAAUUUCUAGCUAAGAAAUACGCAAAACGAAAAACCUGAAAUUUAUGAAGUUUUCCCCAAUAAUUUUAAAAUAAAGUUCAUUCGCCUUUUUUAUUUAGAUUCUUAAUGUACAGAAUUUAAAAAAAAAAAAAAAUUGGAAAACGAGCUUGGGUCGUAAACUAUUUGUUACAAAAUAAAACAAUCCAAUAUUAUUAUAGAUCAUUUUACCUCUUGGGUUUUUGCUUUGACUUUUCUUUCGAUAAGUUGCUGUAGUGCUUCUGAUCGCACUGAUAGUGUAUCUAUUUUCUCGAGAAGCUGUUGGUAUGGUGAUAAAGGUUGUGUUCCCAUAACAACAUGUCCAAGUUUUGAAUCAAUUUUGGCAUCCAACCUAGCAUUUCUUAUAAGAUUUACAAUCCAACAUUCAGCCUCUUCUGGGUUCAUAUUGAGUUUCUCUGCUAACAUGCUAAACAAAUUCAAAAAAAAAUAUUGUAUAUAACUGUAAAAAUUAGAAAUAAAAUAUUUAUAAACACACCCGAUACUGAUACAUUGGUGUAUACGGCAAAAAGUUUCAAAAAUCAUCAAACGAGCAUUUUCCACAAAAUCAUCAAGGCAGGCAGUCAAAAAGAAAUCAUUAAAAAGAACAAUUUGGCAUUCGUGUAAUUUAUCUCUAGCUCCUUCAAAGUCAAAAUUAACAUAGAGAUUUUCAAGUAGUUCAGUUAUUGGGUCACGAUAUGUGUACGAUUCCUAAAUAAAAUAUGAGUACUUAUUAUACUUUAUAUAUAAUUUAUGAUUUACCGAUAAAUUUAAAAAAAAAAAAAGAUAAUAAAUAAAAUACAUUUGAAAACAUACUUGCUGAAUAACUUUCACCAAGUCCUUCAUAGCUGCUCGUCUUGAACGAUUAAUAAUAACAGCAGUAGCCAAAUAGCGAAGAAUAUGAGGGCACAUGGUUUGAAUGGCAUUUAAAUAGCUAAUACAAUAAAAUAUAUGAAUAUUAAUAUGCAAAGAAUUAAGUCUUGACUUUCCAAUAUAUAUUACUUAGGUCUGUACAAAAACAUAUCAAUAAUAAGGUCACGUCCUUUAACAUGGUUGAAAAACACAAACAGACUCCAGUGAAUCAACCAAGUGCGCUGUUGAAGCAAAUGUAAAGGAGAACCAUUUGUAUUAGAAUCAAUAUACUCUCGCAGUUUGUUUAAAUCUUCAAGAGCAGUUUCCCAAUUUUGAAUAAGAAUUUCAGAUGCCAAUUUUCCCCAAAGAACAUUCAAGUAGUUCUAAAAAAAAAAUGUAAAUAUAUUAUUAUUUAAUAAUGUAAAAUCUAAAUUUUUUUAACAUAACAAAUCAACCAACUUUAUCAGUAGGAGACAUAACCAAUAAAUAAAAGUACAAAUAACUUGUUGUACCAGCAUAGUUUCCACAAUCAUAAUGAUAUUUUGCAAAUUUAUACAUACUCUCCAUCAUUUCUACUUUAAACUGUAAAUAAAUAACAUUUUAAUAAUUGAUACUCAUUAUUUUGUUUAAGUUUAAAAAAAAAAGUCAGGUAAAUAAUAAAUUAAGAAAUAACAGUAGAAAUAUUUACAUUGAAUUCUUGAGUCAAAUACAAUGACAAUGUUUUAGGAUCCCUCAUUGUUUCCAUAUUUUUCAUCACUUGGUCAUCUUUAAGGAAAUUCAUAACAACAUUAACUUCACCUUGAAGUUGAUGGAGUUGUGAUACAAUUUGAUCUCUUCUAGUUUUCAUUUCCUAAAACAAUAAUUCUUAAUUAAUAGAUAUACUUCAAUUUAUUGUAAUUGUAAAUUAAUUAAUUUAGAUACCUCAGGUACUUCUUUAUCAGGAUUCAACUGUUUGUAAAUCUCAAUAACAUAAUCCAUCAUGUUAGUUUUAUUAAGUAUAUCCAAUUUGGCUUGCAAAAUUUCAUUCUCAUUGUAUAUCUAAAAUUAAAUAGUUACAAUACAAUUAAUUGUGAAGUAAAUAUUAAUCAAAUCAAAUAUCUGAUAACUAAAUAACAUCUAUGUAAAUAAUUACAAAUUUAUGUUAUUUUAUGUCAUUGUUGAUAGGUAUAUUGUAAAAAACCAAUUUUAUUAAUAUUCAAUUAACAAUAGGUUGUUAUUGUCAGAACGUGAGUGACAAUGAUGAUAUUUCAUAUACAAAUUGGUAUAGAUUUUAUGUUAAAAUGAAAAUAUUUGAUUUAUAAACAUUUUUACCUUUUUCGCCCAUAGGAACUCUAACAAUGGGGCCACCAAAUGCCGGUCCAAAUAUUUUGUCAUCUUACUAGUUAAAUCGAACUUAGCCAUGUUGAUCGUAGGUGAAAACUUUGAAAUGUGCAAUAAAUUAUAUAGAUGAAACACAAAAAUUGAACAUUAAUUACUACUUACGUAGUUGCUUGAUUAUGGGAACGCUAGCUACACCGUCAGAGUGGCGUUACAUUGUUUUUAAGGUUAGGAUACAGUAAAUCGUAAUCAAACUUUUACUAUCAAAGACACUGUAUGUUUAUAUCACGGU